AUGUCAUGUAGACGCAUCAAAAAUAGCCUCCUCGCCAUCCUCUCUGAACGCUAUCCCGACGGCCUACCAGUUGACCCCAAAGAUCCGCUUCCGAACGCUCCGAGGAUCCCCCUGCCCGCAUCGGGCCACGACAUUGUCUUCGGCGUGCCCCGCAGCCCCUCCGACCCAGCCCAGGGCUUCGAUGAACUAGCCGCUGCACCUGAAUCCAGCUUUCGCAGCCUUGGCAUCGAAGACAAUAGUGUACUGGCCUUUGCCUUCCUGUCGGCGGGCCAAGAGAUUGAAGGGGAGCUGUUUAAGGUGAACUUUCCCGACCUCGAAGCACUUUACGGCGAAUAA